UGAGAUAAUGACAGUGUAGCCUUAUAAAUAAACAGAGCUCUUUUUUCUGCCAGGCUGAAACCUCCACUAAGAGAAGCCAUCCCAAAGCAGGAGCCAAAACACAAGUGGGUUGUGUUAAAAGAUAGCACGGAGCUCUUCUUUAAAUCACCAAAGGGAUCCCAGGAAAUCUUGCCCUUCUUCUUCUUUAGUGGAGUUGACAAUAUCGUUGUGCAAACAUGUGUUGCGGAGGAUGUGCAAAAUGCCUUGGAUUUACACUCAUUCCUCUGACGGUGCUCUGUCCUAUUGCCAAUAUUUUGUUGUUUUUCCCGGGAGGAACCGUUCAAGAUAGCGAUGGUAUUACUAAUGAAGUUUGGUAUUUUGGAGGAAUCCUGGGUUCUGGUGUCCUGAUGGUGUUUCCUAUUUUGGUCUUUGCGGGUCUUAAGAACAAUGAUUGCUGUGGAUGCUGUGGUAAUGAAAGCUGUGGAAAGAGAUUUGCCAUGUUUACAUCUGUAAUAUUUGCAGCAUUGGGCGUUUUAGGUGCUGGAUACUGCUUUAUUACAUCUGCUGUUGCUCUGAACCUAGGACCAAAAUGUCUCAUUACCAACCCAACCAAUGACUCCAAGGCAUGGAUUUAUCCAUUUAGGGACGGGGACUACCUCAGCAACCAUGACUUGUGGACACUUUGUGAGUCACCCGAGUCCCUUGUGCCCUGGAAUUUGACCCUUUUUUCUCUGUUGCUGAUCAUGAGUGGAGCUCAGAUGGUGCUCUGUGCCAUUCAGGCUAUCAAUGGACUCCUGGGAACAAUUUGUGGCGACUGCACGUGUUGUGGGUGUUGUGGGGGAAAUGGCGCAGUGUAAAGCAUAUCUGGAAUCAGCAGUGAUUGUGCUCUGAAAAUAUUUAGAAUACCUUUCCAAGCAUUUCUCUUGCGAUGAUGGGCUGCAUGCCAUUGAGCAAGUCUAGAAUGGGGGAUAUUUAUAAUGAGCCCAGAUUCCCUUUCCCUUCUGUUGAUUGUUUACAUUUCCCAAUGACUUUUGGGGAACAAGAUAUUUAUUUUUGCAAUAGGUUCUUUUCCAAGCCAGAUUUUUAGGUCUAAACACCUAUGCUCUGUUUUCUCUCCAAGUUACCAUUGUAAUUUGAGCCAAAGAGAAGACAAUUCAGGAUUUCCAGGAAUGAGAAGAAAGCAAUGAUUUUAGAAAGAUGAAUUAAUCUGAAUUUGCUCCUACAUGCAUGUUCCUGUAAAAGAAAAAUCUGAAGUUCCUCUCAAACUAACUACUUGCUCAGUUCCUGCCAGAUACCUUGUUCCUUUCCGGGGGGGGGGGGGGGGGGGGGAGGGUUGUGCGGGUACCUUGUUGUAAAACAAGGAAAAGUUACUUUUGCAGACUUUAACUCUCAGAACCCAGUGGACAUAGUGGCUGGGGGAACUUCUUGUAGCUAUAGUUCAAAAAGUAACUUAUCCAACCUCCAAUUGUUGAUAAGCUUUAAAAGGAUAAUGUAAUGAUGGUUGUCAUGUAUGAUCAUGCAUAUAAAAAGGUUGGGGUGCUUUUUAGGGCCUUUUACUUCAAGCUAACACUCUCCAAAUGUCUUGUACUGCAGCUCCUAUUAUUCAGACAACUGGCUGUGGGUCAUAACGAAAGUAAUCAAACAUAUCUGAAGGACCUCUGGCUUGUGGGAAGUUGCUUUAGGAUGAGAACGUAUCCACAAUCAAAUGCUGUAAAUAUUACCAAAACUGGGCCAUUGUUGUAAAGUGGUCAUUCCUGUGGUCCUGGAAUUGUAUCUGAAUUAUAGGCUUCCUGGCUGGACUUGAUGAAGCCCAUUAACCUUAUCCAACCCCUUAUCCAAUAGAGAAGCUGUAUGCACUUUUAACAGGAGACUUCUAUACUUUGAAAGCUACAAGGCAGUUUUUCCGGUCAGCAGUGAGAUAAGAAAUCCCUGCUUCUUAGUGUUUGGACACAUUUUCUUUUUUUUAUUACCACUCCUAGAAUUUACCAGUCAACAUAGCCAUUGGGUUCCAAGAGCUGCAGUCCAAAAAAGAACAUUUCCAAGCUCUGCCAUUAUUGUGCCUCCCAUACUGAAUCUCAAUUAAAUGCUGGAAUUAAUAAGCACCCCCAAGUAUUGCUCUCGACAGGUAAAUCUCCAGUUCUAUGUUUUUGUGCCUUUCAAGAUAUAGGACCAAAGUCAAGAGAGAGAAAAAGAAUGACAACACCAGUUAAACCUUAGAGGACACAUAUUUGCAUGACAUCUGCCAAUGUACCACCCACUGUCUUUUUGUUAUUAUCCUUGAUUUAUUAUAGCUUCUAGAAUUACAGUUCCACAUAUCUGUGCUCCCUUAUCCAAAGUUUUGUUUGUAUAUAUUCUAAUAUAAAGAGCAUUGUGCUCCACGGUAGAAAAAAAAUCUGAAAAUCA